UGCCUUUCUUUUCUUUGCCUUUUAGAUUCGAUAGAAUUCACUAUAACAGAAUCGCCAGGACGGUUAUUCAGAAACACAUAAUACUCCAAACUUUUCAACUCGCCUGAUCUAAAAUUUACAGAAUAUAAAACGGGAAAGUUACAAAUACAUCGGUUAAAUUGAAUAUAUUUGUUUGUGUUGUUUAGAUUAUUAAUCCCGUAAAUUUCAAGUUUUAAUCUUUUGAAUUGUGUUCAUCAUGUGGUCACUUAAUUGUGCGUUUGUGCUGAUGAUCUUCAUGAUCUACGGCUGUGCGGCGAAGGAUUUUAAGAUAUUCUGCCAAUACGAUGUGGGGUCCUACUACUAUAAGAAUUCGAGCAAGUUCUUUUCCUGGAACAUCGAUCUCAGGCUCUGCACGCAUUUGGUCUACGGCACUGGCGUGGGUGUGGAUGGGGAGACUGGCGACGUGACGAUCACUGACAAGUAUCUGCUGGUCGAAAAUGAUAUGUUGAAUGUCGCACACCGCCUCAAGCGAGACAACGUUAAAAAGGUAAUGUUCACAAUAGGCGGAUGGCUAGAGGAGUCGAGCGACUUCUCCAAGAUGGCAGCGGACGCUCGCAAGCGGGAUAGGUUCUUCACGUCGCUGGUCGAAUUCAUGUACGAGUGGCGCUUCGAUGGCGUCCAGAUCGACUGGCGUUAUCCCACGCAGCGCGGCGGCAAGCCUGAGGAUCGAAAGAACUUUAUUCUAUUGCUGGAGGAGCUGAAGAUAAUUUGCCAGGAGCAUCAAUUUAUUCUGAUGGUGGCAGUUUUGGGGCGAACUGACAAGAGCACCCUGGAGUGGUACGACAUUCCCAAACUGGUCCAGUAUGUGCACUAUAUUAACCUAAUGCACCACGACAAUCGGGAUCCAUAUCAGAUGCAUCUCAGCUACAACGCCCCACUCUCAGGCGUAAACAGCGUGAUUGAAUCCGUAAAGCUUUGGAAGCAGCUGGGCAAAGCGCCAGCGAAGCUAAUCCUAAACAUUCCCCUCUUCGUGCGCUCCUACAUCAUGGAAAACGACAAGACCACCGUCGGUUCUCCCUGCAAGGGUCCGGGCCUCAAGACACCCCUGACCCGCGAGCCCGGCUUUAUGACCUACGGUGAAUGGUGCAUGUACGCAAGCUCGUGGACGCAGAAAUUUGAUGAGCAGGCACAGGUGCCGUACGCCUACAAAGGCAACCAUUGGAUUAGCUACGAGAAUGCCCGCAGCAUCUGGGCGAAGAUGCAUCUGCUGAAGUCAAAUAACCUGGGCGGCGCCAUGGCCUGGACGAUCGAUUCGGAUGACUAUCACGGCAAGUGCGGAGAGAGCCACAGCCUGGGACGUGUCAUCCUCACCGCCCUUGGUGACGUCAGUAUUCUGGCUCCCGAAGAGCCCACAACGGAGUCAAUGGGUCUCUGCCCGAAAAAUGGGUUCUUUCGCCAACUCUGGGAUUGUCAGCUCUACUACGAGUGCCGCAAUGGAGAGCGCAUCGACUACGAGUGCCUGGAGGGCUACUACUUCGAUGAGUCCAGGAUCGAAUGCAUGCCAAAGGCGAUGGUAAAGUGUGAUCAGAACUUUGUCACCUGGCGACCGGGCCAGCCGCUCUACAACUUCGAGAACAUGCCUGUGAAUCUCAAGAUUGUCGAAUAGCCCGAUAAAUAUUAAGUGUAUCAUAUAAAAAACAUCGAAACGGAUAAAA